AGGAGAGAGAGAGAGAAGGAGAAGGCUCCCUCGGGGAGAUUGCCUUCCUGCCGGCUUGGCCUGGCGCCCUCCUGGCCUAGGUCCUUGUCCAUCCCUGUUAUCUUCAGUGUAACAUCGAAGGAUUUGUACCGAGACCAUCUCACAGCGAUGUGUGGGCGUACUGCAUGCUCGCUGGCGGCUGAGCAGAUCAGACGUGCCUGUGCCUAUCGAGAUGGGCGAGGGAGGAGGAGGGACCCAGACUGGAGAGAUGGGGACAACAAUAAGUACAAGCCUUCGUUCAACAAAAGCCCACAUUCCCACUGCCCGGUGCUGGUGUCCAGAAAGCACUUCCACAAAGAUGCAGACAGUACUGAGCAGCUCCUAGCGGCCAUGCGGUGGGGUCUUAUUCCCUCCUGGUUCAGAGAGAGCGAUCCUUCCAAAAUGCUGUACAACACCAGUAACUGCCGCAGUGACGGGAUGCUGCACAAGAACUCGUACAAGGACCCCUUCAUGAAGGGACAGCGCUGUGUGGUGCUGGCUGAUGGCUUCUACGAGUGGCAGAGGCAAAAUGGUGAGAAACAGCCUUAUUUCAUCUACUUCCCACAGACCUGUGAGAAAGAGGAGGAAGAUGAGGAGGAGUGGAAGGGUCGCAGACUGCUCACUAUGGCCGGGCUCUUUGACCACUGGGCGCCUCCUGGAGGUGGCGAAGACCUUUACACCUACACUGUCAUCACGGUGGAGGCUUCCAAAGCCAUGGACUGGAUCCAUGACAGGAUGCCAGCAAUUCUGGAUGGAGAGGAGGCUGUGAGGAUGUGGUUGGAUUACGGGCAGGUACCAGCUAUGGAAGCUCUCAAACUGAUCCACCCGACAGAAAGGAUCGCACUCCACCCAGUCUCCACCGUGGUGAACAAUUCCAGAAAUGACUUCCUCGGCUGCAUCAAACCCAUUGAACUGGGAGUUAAAAAGGAGGUCAAGCCCACAGCCAGCAGUAAGCUGAUGAUGAACUGGCUACAGAACCCCUCUCCCAAGAAGGAAGAAGCCAGCCCUGGAAGCCAGCACACCGUGAAGGUGGAGACACCAAAGAAGAGCAGCGUGGGGCUGAUGCAGAUGUGGCUUCAGAAAACCGAGGAACCCUCAGCCAAGAAGCUGCGCACCAGCUGAGGGCUGGUUCCAAGACAGGGCCUCAGGGGACCAGGAGAAGGGGGAGCCGUGUUUCCUAACACGUAUCCCCUGGCUGUUCCGACUAGCUUGCAUUGGGUUUUUAUUUGUUUAGUUUGUUGCAAAGUUCGAGUUGUGAUGUUGUGCAUUUGCCUGUAACCAUUCAAAAGGGGGUGGAGGGGAAGGAAAUGCGACUGAGCUGAAAUGAAGAAAAUCUGAAUUCCCCACCUUCCCGCUGGAGAAGGGACACUGCCCGGGUGUUGACACUGGUUUGUUGGGGAAAUGCGCCUGGUGUGGGAGCUGGGAUAUGGGAACGUGGGGUGAGGCUGGGGUACAAACUGUCCUGAGCCUGGGGGCUGGGAAGGGAGGGUGGGGAGGUGGUGAGAGAUAUGGCCAGAGCAAGCAUUGCCUUGGCUGUGAUUUUUGGGAAGUGGUUAGCGGGAGGGGAAGGGUGUAAUUGCCCCAGUGUUCGGUAUUCCUGGUGUGGAAUCCAGGCUCUCCAUGACAUCCAGGAAGCAAGGAAGUCUGCAGCUCGGGAUAACCAACUCUGGAGUGGGGGGGAAAGGGAGCAGACCAAGGCUUCGGUAUUCCUGCAGUGUUCCAGAUCAUUGUGUCACACUGAGUCCUUUGUCUGUGUGUGUCUGUCUGUCUCUCUGUUUCUGUUUCCACCCCCUCCCCCCGCCCCCCAACCUUCUCAUCCCCCUGCUCCACACUGCGCUGCUGGAUUCUCACACGGCCCCCAGCUUUGCACAUUGGCAAGCAAAACAUCUCUGGGACAACUGGAUUGGACCUGUGGGGAGGAUGUCAAACAUUAAAUGCAGGGUCUUCUUGCCCUGCCCCUCCAUCCCCACCUCCACCCCCCAACUCAGAACCUUGCCCUUUCCCCUCUCCAGGGAUGGGAGCUCUCUCCAUUUCAGCCAGUGGUUACUGUUUCUUGGCAGUGAAGUUCAGGCAUUUUGAGUUUUGCUGUUGCAGCUGUUGUGUAAUGCUUCCCAAACAGCUGUAUUAAUAAUUGUACAGCGACAGUAAUUAAAACUAAAUAAAUGUCUGCCUGUGCCAUUAA